UGAUUGAAAGAUGCCACGGGGAGGAGGCGGAAAAGGAAAGGGGGCGGCAAAGACCGCCAAGAAGAGAGUCAAGAAAUUGGCGAAUAUUGUGACAUCCGUCAAGAAGGUUGUUGGGGGCCCUUCAGGAUCCACUUCGAGACAGCGAGACAGUCCUCCUCGAGACAGUCCUCCUCGAGACAGUCCUCCUCGAGACAGUCCUCCCCCAGCUAGUUCUCCCCCAGCCGACCCUCCACGUAGGAGGAGGAGGACGAGGCGUCCGACUAGUCGCCCCUUAGCCGAGGAGGAGGAGGUGGAGGCGGACGUGGAGGAUGGUGGAGAGGAGGAAUUGCACGAGCUUGUUCACCCUAGUUUUAUUUGUCACUCAGAUGAGGAGCGGCAUGCGGAGACUAGGGCCUCUCAGGAGGAGGAGGAGGUGGAGAGCAGCUCUGAGGACGAGGCUAUGACCUAUGAUGAUGAUGAUGGGAGGCAAUGGGUAGAGCCAGAGGAGUACGUUGAGUCUGAAGAGGAGUUGCUGAAUGCCCCGGCUAUCACUCGUAGGCAGCGUGGGGCCAGCGGGCUCCCCGACCUACCUUACGCUCACAGCCAUCUUGAGCUCGAACCCGUUGGAUCUAGGGUGUUUGCAUAUAAGAAUGAUGUCACGCCGCCUCGCACCUAUUCGAGCAUUCUUGGCUGCAUCAUGAGAAGAAAUUUUCCUGGGAUUGUGAAGCUCCCUAGUGGUGAAAGAACUGUAGCUUGGUACUGGGAGGACUACAAGUAUGCAAAGAACCCGAGCCCCGAGUAUAGAGACAUGCAGGAGCAAGUGCAAUGUCUUUUCUGGAAGUACUUUACCAUGCAGCCGGGGAAGCACGAAAAAUGCAAGGCCGUGUUGUUCAAUAUUUGUACCAAGAUGGUCACGGACAUGCACUAUGAUGCGCGUGUGAGCUGCGUUCUCAAUUGGUACGCCGAGAAGCGCAACGUCCGCAUUAGCAAGUCGCAAGCUCGAAAUAAGCAUUUGCAUGCUUGGCAGUACAUGCAGGUGGUUCCUCAGUAUGUGAGUUCCAACAAGAAAUGCUACGUGGCCAUGGUGAAGCACUGGACAAGCGACGAGUACAAGAAGAAGCACGAGGAGGGACAGACCUACCGAGCGAUGAUGGACGGUGCUUCACACGUCCAGGGCAGCCUCCCUCUCGAGGUCGCCAGGAGAAGAGAGGCUAAAAAGACAGGCGUGGAUCCCAACGUAUUCGAGUUUUGGGAAACAAUGCAUACAAGGAAAAAACCUCAUCCUACAACGGGGUCGAUGUGGGUGAAUAAAGGAUCAGAGUUGCGGAGUACCAAGUUCGUGCAGAAGUUCAAGGAGGUACACGGGGACGACGCCGACCCUCGCACUUCCGACUUUGACCCUGAGGUUGCUGUGCUAGCGGGAGAAGGCCAGAGGAAUGGGCGCUUAUGGAUUGCAGAUGGCAACAUUCCCCCUGAGACCAUUCCUACUCUCUCCCAGCUCCGAAGGGGCAGGACGAGCUCCCAGCCCGCUAUUGAGAAACGCCCACGGCUUGGGACCAUAGCUAUGGAGGAGAUUCGGAAUGAGGUGGCUGAAGAAAGGAGGCGACGUGAGGACAUGGAGACUUUGGUGAGCCAGCAGCAGCAGCAGCUGGCCCAGCAACAGCAGGCCCUGAUCCAGCAGCAGCAGAUGCUGGAGGUUAUGAGAGUCCAGAUGCAAUCCUUGAUACCGACUGGCGGGACUGGUCCUCAUCCUCCUCCUUUCACCUUCCCUUGGUCACAGAGUUCGGUUGGCGGCUCCAACCAUGCGGCCCAAGGUGAAGUUGAAAUCACACCGACGCCUCGUACGUCAGCUCAGCAAAGCGCGAACAUGGGGAACCAACGCGCGUUGUUCCAGGAUGCGCAACAUGAUGCCCCUUGAUCAUCACCGGCGUGGCCAACAUGUAGAGCCCUUGAUCAUCAAGGUUUUCAUGUGUUUGCGGUGGACAUGUGGCUAGUUUUGCCUUAUCUAAUGGUGUUUAUGUACUUUGCACUAUGGAUAUGUAACCACUAUGGACUAUAUGACUUCUUUGAACAUUUGAUGGACUAUGUGACUUGUAUGGA